AACAUGGUUGGAGGCAAACGACGUUUGUAUGUCAGUGGGAAACACUCUACAGUCUAACACCGGGAACUCAAUGCGUUGGUAUAUAAAGACCAAGGCUUUAAAGAAAGGCUGGCCAAUAACCGAUGACGUCUGGGUGGGGGUUAUAAAGGGGGAAAACAACAACAAGUGGUAUGAAAUCAGAAGAAACGGUAAUUGUGAUGAAAAAACAAACGAAAUUCCAGGACUGAAUCAAUAUGAAAGACAGUGCGGAGUUCUAAACAUGUCAGCAGUGUUUGACAUCUUACUGAAAAUUAAAAUGCUUGUCAAUAUUUCAUUUCCAGGUUUCCAGUUCUAUCCCAUGUCAAAUGUGGUUGAAAAAGGCUCGGAAAGGAAAUUUUUUAAUGUUUUAACAGAAAUAGAUUGUGCCACUUCUUCUUUUACAAAGUUUGAGUGUUAUGCGGCCACUUAUUUCCAUGAGGAAAAAAUAUGUGUGGCUAAAUGCACAGAUCAAGAAAUACCUGCCAUACCGGACACAGUUUCUCUUGUUAGUUCUACCACCAACUCAACUGUUCUCACAAUAAAGCAACAACCCAUACCCUGUAUUGUCGGGGCCUUCACACUGCAACAAAGUUCUAUUACAUCUUCUCAAAUGAAUAGCGGCGAAUCAACCUUAUCACAAGCUCUUGAUGAAACAACAACAUUUGUCAAUAUGACAACUAUACAUCAAACUUCAGAGGAUACAAUAACCACUGAAAACCCAAAUGAAGGAAUAGGAGUUGAUACAGAAAUAGAAGCAGAGGUGACAACAAUGCAAGUUGACACAAUAACUCAAACAACAAAUCUUUCAACAAUACAGGCUCAGUCAGGAUGUGUUUGCAUCUGUUCUACAAAUCAAGUUGAUAUCACACAAGAGAUGUUGAAGCAGAAGGUUACUUACAUCAAGAAAAAUCUGACUGUUAACAGAACGCUCUUGUCUUCAACGAAGCGAAAGAAAACUUCAGCGUCUGAUGAUAGGCAGUCCUCUGUCGCCAUGGGAACUCUUGGUGGCUGCGUUAUUAUUGGUGUAAUUUUGACUUUUGUCGUCUGUGAUUUGGUACACGUUGUGUCAUUCCCUCUCUGUGCGAUGAAUAAUUACGCCAUGUUUUCGAGAAUUGUUUUAGGCAUGGUCUAUGUUAUACCUAAUCUGCAAAGUGGAUUUUAUCUUGUUUGGAGCGUAGAAAUAACAAGACCUGCGUAUCAUGGUACAGCGUGGUCUUUUGAUUAUAUCGUGUUUUCUGAGCAUAAGACGUGGUUGGAAGCAGUAGAUGUUUGUGGAUCAAUAAAAGGCUACAUACAAUUUAAGAAAUAUGCAAAUGCCAACUGGUAUAUAAGGACAAAAGCAGAGAAGAAAGGAUGGUUUGUAUCUGAUGACGUAUGGAUAGGACUGAUAAAGGAACAAUACAGCGAUUUGUGGUAUGAAGUCAGAUCGAAUUGUCCAGAACGUAAAGGAAUUGCCGGAGAAAAGUUUGAAGAGAGACAGUGCGCAGUUUUAAACAUGUCGGCAGUUUCCAGCUCUGAUAAAUCAUUAAUCUAUGCUUCUCCUUGUGAUGAGCGUAACUUUGGAUUUGUUUGUCUUCAAUCAUUGGGACCUAUACCACAAGAUGUGGAGUCAUAUCCCAACACAGAAAUAGCAGAGGAAAGAUACAUAAGUUUUCAAUGGAAUGUCUCUUCAGAGUCAGAGUGUGCUAGAAACUCGUUUACCAGAUUUUUGUGCUACGCCGCCACUUAUUUUCCAGACGAUAAAUAUUGCGUGGCUGAAUGCACAGAAUUAAACCAUAUUAAAGAUACCGUCUCCCUUGUUAACUCUUCAAAAAAUUCCACUGUUCUCCUUCGUACCCAUAGCAAAGUUUUCAUUAAUCACACAAAGUCAACAUUCGUGUCCAGUUCGAGCAAAUAUCCUUGUAUUACCGAACCAACCAUAGAAUCAACCGAGGCAUCAACAUCAACUACACAAACUUCUGGAGGCUCAUCAACAACAGCACAGUAUUCAGAGGACACAUCAGUCUCCGUUUCAUCUACGGAGAAUUAUUCCGAAUGUUUUCAUAUCUGCUCCAAUAAUGAACACGUCAACAUCACAACACCAGUUCUGAACCAGAAGGUGCUGGACAUCAAAAGAAUCCUUACUCUGAACAAAACUUUUCUGUCCUCAACUGUUAGGAAGAAAACAUCUGCAGCAGACGACAGACAGUCCUCGUUAGCCAUGGGUACUCUGGGUAUAAUUGUCAUUUUUGGUGUAAUAAUCGCCAUUAUCAGCGGGGAUCUGGUGUAUGUCGUUAAGUUUGUUAAAUUUAUAUGUCCUUGUAUACUGCAUAACAAGAAAAAGAUGUCAGUUGUCCAUGAUUGAUAUUUUUAUGUAAAAUUGCAGGGAGGGAUAUGUGUACUUUAAGUCAAUUCGUCCACCAUUUUUAUUUUUAUUUUUUGGUCAGGAAAUUUAAAAAGCACUGAUGUAGACAUUUGAUCAGACAGUUCAUGUUUGUUAGAAAGGUCGAUUAAGAAAUUGUUGUGUACAGAUAUAUGUUUCAAACAGCUAGUUAAUGUUUUAUUGUUGUUUUCUUUUAAGGUGGUACUUGCUUAAAUCAGCUUAUAUUAAAGUACACACUUUAAACUUUG